UGCACAGUCGAUAAAGUCAUCCUAUUGACAACUUCGAUGAAACACAGAGUUUACAAUGAAAUUUAUUGGAAUUGCUUGUAAGACGUCACAAACACCCUUGCGGAAAGACCCAAAAGUGAAUUUUUUUGGAAAGCAGACAGUUACAAACUUUGAUGCUGACUACAGCAGUCGUCAAAAUCAAGUCACAAGUGUUUUUCGAUGUCAUAGAUCUGAAGUGACUAUUGACGCACCCUGCGUUUACAGGCAUCGAAGUCACUUAUAGAACAAUUUUUUGUCAACAAUGUAUGCAAGUUACCUGUGUGGCGUGUAAGUGGUGUCAGUGUUGUGCGUUUGGAAGAAAUUGGGUUAAAAUUCCAGCUGACGAAGCAGCCGUGAAAUUGUUGGCAUGGAGGAACAUCAAACAAACAUCUCCAACCCAAUGGAUUAUGCCGUGGUAUGAUUAUGCAGUUACAGUAUUAACGGUCUCAUUUGUUGCAUAAGAGCUCUAUUCUUUUGGAAGACGACGUUGUUGCUUACAAAGAAACAUUAAUUAGUAGUAAGAAAAAACAGUAUCCAUUGUUGAUAGUACUUUGUGUCAAGACUGAAUGAAGCAAAAACUGACCUACAGGGCAAUGUAGAGUAACGAGAGUAAAAGUUUUAUCUGGAAAGGAGGCGAGGUAUUUACAUGGGACUUCUAAGAAACUUGAGCUCAAGAUGUAAACAAUGUUAUUUUGAUUGCUUGAGGUAAGGAUUAAAACUAGAAAAAUUAAAGAAAAGACGAAUAUUCUAGCUUUAUCUGUUAUUAAAGACAAAGCGCCAUGAUAUCAUAUGAAUUGAGCGAAUAUAGCAAUUUACUGUAAUGAUUCAAAUGAUUCAAAUCUUCUAUUGACGUCGAUGUUUUGAAGAUUUUUGUCACAAGAAAUAUCCUUAGAUAUUCUGGCAGCCUUGUAGAGUAUUACAAGUUUUGAUUUGGAGAUACGAUGGUCGAUUCAGAAAGACUGGUUUUUAAUAUCGGUGGGACAAGACACGAAACGCACAUUGGAACGCUAAAAACCGUGCACGGGACUCGAUUAGCGUGGAUUGCUGCGAACCACACGAUGCUUAUGCACUCAUCUUUUUAUGAUAAAGUCAAACAGGAGUAUUUCUUUGACCGCCACCCUACUUGUUUCGCUAGCAUACUUCAGUAUUACAGAACAGGAAAAUUACACUAUCCGCCUGAUGUUUGUGGUCCGUUGUUUAACGAAGAGCUCCUCUUUUGGGGUAUUGAUGAGACACAAAUGGAGGACUGCUGCUGGGAGUCAUAUACAGCACACAAGGACAAGCUAGAGAAACUCGUUGGAUUCAAAGGACCACAUUUUGAAUCAGACGAAGAUGACCAUAGCAUUGCCAAUACAAAAAUGCAAAGGCUUCGGACAUGUAUUUGGUCCUUCUUAGACGAUCCGUAUUCUUCAAAAGCAGCUAUGGUCAGUGGAAGAAUUACAACAUUGAUGUUGGCACUCUACGUUUUAGCUCCAGUCUUGUUUUCGAUGAAAAAUUUCAAAGCGCUAAACACUCCUGAAAGAACUGUGGCAGUGGUACUUGAGAUCUUUACGAAUGCUUACUUCACACUGGAGUUCAUUCUGCGAGUUUGGUCUUGUCCAGACAAGAAGCAUUUCAUCAGAUCAAAAAUGAACUGGAUUGAUUUUCUUUCCCUCUGGUCAUUUUACAUGGAUAUGUCGAUUUCUGCCUCUGAUGCAAAGCGCUAUAUUGGCCUACUUGCUGUCUUUCGAAUCGUCAAAAUAUUUAGAACCUUUCGAUACAAUUAUGCACUGCAAGUUCUUGUCAAUACGCUAAAGGAAAGCUUGCCUGAGUUAAUGCUACUUGUUUUCUUGCUAACGAUAUUGGCAUUGGGAUUCGCAUUUUUAAACUACCACCUUGAGGAUGACACAGAUUUCUACAAUAUACCAAACAGCCUUUGGUGGUCUCUGAUUACAAUGACAACGGUUGGUUAUGGAGAUAUGGCUCCCAUUAGCUGGGCUGGCAAGUUCGUGGGGAUAGCAUGUGCCAUUUGUGGGCUUCUUAUGGUUGCAUUGCCCGUUUCUGUUGUUGCAACGAACUUUUCUGUGUACUACAGCUAUGCAAAAGCGAGGAUAAAAUUGCCACCGAAAAAGAAAGUCAAGCCAGGCAUGUUCAGCAAUGCUCUGAAUCUAGGGGAUACUGCAGAGCCAGUAAACAAGGGUGAUAAGAAAAAGGACAAUAAAGUGGCUCCAGCAAACGGAGUUGAGGUUCCAGCCCAUCAUGCAAAUGGCAACCUGCCUCCAGUGAGGACUGGCCCAAAGGGGCAAGAAAUGCAUAACCGCUGGAUAGAUGCAGUUGAAAAAAUGAAAGAAAAAGGUUUGAUAAAAAAGAAGCUCGAUAUAGCUCAGCUGGUUUCUGUCUUUGGAAGCAAAGGUGCUUGGUCGGGCUGAGGCUGGUAUAUAAAAGACAGGGAGUCGUUGACAACAUCAGACAUGUUCUAAACACAACAUCAGUGGCAUCGUUUUAAAAGAAGUGUCUCUGUAGUCCACUUCAACAUCAAGGGGGAUUAUAACUAUCAAUAGCUAUAGUUUUAAAGACGAAAUUUGCAUCACUUUUGACAUGUACUAGAGUUGUAGAGCUGAAACAGCUGGCUGAAAAUCAGCAAAAGCACGGAAGUAAAAAACUUGCCCUGGGAAAGGCGAUCAACUUUGAAUGAAAAAUAGCUUACCAACACCUAACUAUAAUUAUCGAUAUUCGCAAACUAUGAUUGCUUGCGACGAAAUCUUUAUUUCUGUAGAGUUUAAAAUCUUUCUGUUAUUAUCUGUUGCAGUUUUUUGAGAAAUUGUCGACGCAAUAUUGCAAUGAAGCCAUAUGUGUAAAGAAAAAUCGCCACGUACAAUUGAAUUUCUAAAAUUUCGCUGUUUUAAAGGCCUACUCAUAUUGAGCAGACUAACCCAGCAAAGUGAUCAAAAAUCCAAGAUUCCAGCGUCAUAAUCAAAUCAACUAAAAUAAGCAAAAAUACAAUUGCCGAUAUUCUUGGUUCAGAUCACGUUUAGAACUGCCAUGAUCGCGGCAAACCGAGGUGAAUGUUUCAGGCGCAUCAACUGAACUAGCUUGUUAACAGGAAAUUCUGAAAUUUGAUUGGAAUUUUACAUGAUAGAUCUCCUUUGAUCAAAUUUCAUCUUUAGGCUGUUUCUGUUGUCCAACCAAAAAUUGCUUACUCAAAGUAAAUUGCUUCGAAUACUUUUGCAUCAAAUUAACUCACAAGAGUUUUCCAGUCAAGUGCCCCCAGCUUUAUUGAUAACACCAAUUAGAGAUCAAUUUGCUUAACCUUAGGAAUUGAAUGAUAUUCAAUUAACUUUAUUUAACAAACAAGAAGAUUGAGAAUGGUUCGUAAACAGAAAAGG